CUCCUCCCCUUCACCGUCCUUCCUUUCUUCUCUCUUCCCUCAUACAAAUCUUUCAUUCUUUCCGUGCACUUUUCAAUAACAAGAUACCCCUCUCUCAAGUAUUUCCUUGAGAUUAUAUGCGUCCCGAAGCUUUCAGUUCAUCAUUCAAAAUGUCUGCCGGCGAUAUGCAAGACGAGCAGCUCAAGGAGGCUCUCAUCACCUACGAGAAGCUCCAGGGCAUCGAGGAUGACUUUGAGGAUGUCGAGCUCGAGAUCCUCCGUCAGCAGGACAAGCUCACCAAGGAUCUCUACGUCCGACGUGCUGAGGUUGUCUCCAAGAUCCCCCAGUUCUGGCCCCUCGUCUUCGAGCAGUCCCCUCCCGAGGUUGACGAGUACAUCCAGCCCAGCGACUCUGAGCUCCUCCUCAACGCCCUGACCGGCCUCUCCGUUGAGCGCUUCGAGCUUCCCAACGGCGACCCUCGCUCCAUCGCCAUCAAGUGGGAGUUCAAGGAGAACGAGUGGUUCGAGGACAAGGUUCUUGAGAAGAAGUUCUACUGGCGUUUCCACAAGGACGGCUGGGCUGGUCUCGUUUCCGAGCCCGUCGACAUCAAGUGGAAGGAGGGCAAGGACCUGACUAACGGCAUGCUCAGCCUCGCCAAGAAGGUCCACGACGAGGAGAAGGCCGGCCAGAAGCCCGGUGAGACCGAGAACUCCAAGAAGCUCCUUAAGCUCAUGGAGGAGACCGGCAUGGGAGGUGUCAGCUUCUUCUCCUGGUUCGGUUUCCGUGGCCGCAAGGUCACCCCCGAGGAGUCCGAGGAGGGCCGCAAGAUCGACGAGCAGAAGAAGGCCGACCGCAAGGCUGGCAAGAUCGAGGAGGAUGACGAUGAUGACAUGGAUGAGGACGAUGAUGAUGAUGAGUACGAGUACGAGAUCUUCCCUACUGCCGAUGACCUCGCUGUCUUCAUCGCCGAGGACCUUUGGCCCGGUGCCAUCAAGUACUUCACCAACGCUCAGGAUGCCGAUGAUAUCCCCAGCGACCUCGAGUUCGAGGAGAUGGAUGAGGAUGACUCUGAUGAUGAGGCCCCUGCUCUGGCCAAGGCUUAAAUUACCCAUGAGUUACGGAAGACAUGAAGACUACGACAAAAUAAGGAUACCGGUAUAGAAAAUUGGGAUGGGUCUACCUAAUCAACAUAGAUAAGAUUAUUGGUAGUUUAAAAGGGUUAAAUGGAAAGAAUUCAC